AUGGCGAUGGCCAAGCAGGGAAGAACCGGAGGCAAAAAAGAAAGCAUGGUAACUAAUAAUUUAAUUAUGAAUUGCAAAGAAAACACGCAGCUUAGCAUAAAACUCGCAAGUCUUGAAAUUCAACAAAGAAAGGAAAUGGCAAAAUGGGAAAGAGAGAAAAACAAACUUACCUUGCCGAGCCUCAAAGCUAACUGUGGAAGAGUUUCUCUUACAACACCAUCUUCUCCAACAAGCUCUACAUUGCCUAGCCCUGUGUUAAGGCGACGAAAAAGCGAUGUUCCAGCUGGCAUCGCAACAUCAUCAAGAACCGAGGAGAGUCUCGUUGUUUCAAAAGAACGUUCUCGUGGUAACCAGAACAUGAGCAUCUGCAGUGACAACGUUGGUUUACGCAGAUGCAAAUCCUCUCAGAAUAUAAGGCUCAGUGUUAGUCCUCAACCACCUCGCAGUGUGGGGCCUACAAGCCCUAAACUACUUCAAAGAAGAUCUACAAUGGGCCAAGCCUGCUUAUUCAGUGAGGGAGCAACGCGAAGCUGUAUUGACACAGGAAGACGAUUUUCAGCAGACGUUGUUCCAGCCAUCCGAAUUGAGGAUAGCGCAGAAGUUUUAAGUGAAAAGGUAAAGAAAUUCAACGAGGGUUUAAAAAAAUUCUGCAGUGAAGCUAACCACAACAAAUGCAAAGAAACUGAUACAAAUUCAGCCGACGAAGAUCAAAUUCCCAACGAAGAGUUAUCGAUUACCUCAAGGCCGAUCACUCACAGAUGGAAGUCAUUGCCUAGUAUAUUUCCUCUGCCAGACGACGGCCAGAAAUCGAAUGAAAACAUGACGUUCUAUGAAGAUAUGAAAAGAUGCAAGUACUUAAGAAUCCCUGAUUGUCCUGCUUUAACCAUUGAGCAAAUCUUUAACAAAGAUACGAAGUAGGUGAUGAGCAAAUAGAUGGAAUGUCAUGAUCAUAUUUUUUGUCAGGGACGCGCUACAUCACGGCUCCGCCAACUUGAAAUUUUUCGCCUAAAUUAGUAAGGCCUGUUGUUUGUAAACCAUGUUAUGCUCCUUCAUCCUUAAUCAUCUUAAUUCUGUUUAAAUUUCUUACAACCUCUUUUGUGUGUUUUUAUUUAAGUAACUUAUGGUUGAGUCAAUCCGAGCGUGUCCCUAUAUUUGGGGCAUUUGUCAGGCAUUUGUCGCGUCGUGUGUUCCCAGUGGUGGGAAUUUAUCAUGAAAGGUCCUCUCAGGAGAAGGGAAUUUUUCCUUGUUGAAUUUACAUGUAAUAUUUUGUACCAUUUUGAAAAAGGAAAAUCUCUUUCAAAUUAUAAUUGUAUGAAACUGGUGGCCCCAUCGCCGCUGAGCAUUUGCAGCUUUUCGAAAUGAUACUAGGGAAGGAUUGACGGGCAUGCUUGGAAUGGACUCAGUAAGCCAUUAAAAUUUUGUCGUAAAUUUACUCUAAUGUUAAUUGGUACAUUGCAAAUUAAUUAUUGCCCCCGCGAAAUCCCGAGGAGGCAUUCUACUAGUAACUCGCGCGUAUAUUUGCCCCCGCAGGGAUUUCGCCCGGAAGGCGAAAUCCCGAGGAGGCACUCUAGUAACUCGCGCGUAUAUUAAGGAAAGUGCUUACAGUUGAAAUAUAUAGUCAUACAGUCAAUAUAGAAAAAAUCUCGAUUUGCUUGAACAGGGGCCGCGAGGAAUCGGUAGGUAAUGAUGACGUUUCUAUUGUUUGCGCCCGCAAGUACGAAAUGGUUAGGAUGACGUAAAACACAAAAAGCUUACAAUAGGUAGAUUUUGUGGCAUUAAUUGUGCAGUCGUACUUCGAUACUCUUUUGCGUUACGUGUUAUCAGUGACAUUCUGUGGAGUAGUUGUUAUGAAAGUUAUGGACCAAAAGACACUCGUUAAGCGCAGAUGAAGUUAUAAGGUGCGUAGAAAAGUGUAUAUUUUAACACUAAGUGAGUUUGCCAGACACGAGUUCACAAAUCUUUGACUGAAAACCUUCAGCUGAACCUUGCCAGACACUCUUUCUCUCUCUUUGACCGGAAUAAGACUCGGCCCAAAACAAGCAAGACGAGUGAAUGAUUCAAAAGCUAGCUUAUCACUAGCAGAACUAUGGACGAUUACAGGAAUUCGCCGACCUUCAAAGUGACUUAUUCCCUGCUCACAGAUGUCCUUCCCCUAUAAAGUUUAAAAUAGGACUAGAAUGGGCGAGCGUGAAUUGAUCAAACGUCCUUUUAAUUUCUAAGGCUUACUUUCCGGCAAAUAAAAUGAACUAAAUGUAAAAAGUGAAAUAGAAAUAGCGAAAAAUUAAACUUCUAAUUAAAUCUUUUCUUAUGGUUUAGCAUAAACUAUUCUCGAAACUGAGAAUGUUUUGAUCAAAGCUGUGCAAAUCGAACCGAAACUCUGCAUGGAACCUUUCGUUUAUUUCCUGUAAUUUAUCUCACUUAUUGUAUGGAAUAUGUGUGAACAUCUUCGUUAUGAAUCGGUAUAUUUCAAAGAGCUACACAAGGAGCAAGAAUACUAUAUACAGAGCGGGGGCAGCUGUAGUGUCAACUGUUACUAAUAAGGAAAGUACUUACAGUUGAAAUAUACAGUCAUACAGUCAAUGUAGAAAAAAUCUUGCUUGCUUGAAUAGGGGCCGCGAGGAAUCGGUAGGUAAUGAUGACGUCAUAAGCACACGCAUACUAUUUUUUUUUGCACACUACAGGACGCCGGCGUUGUUAAGGACGUUAGGGUUUGAGUGACAAGCAAUAAACUUCCUACUGCGAAAAGCAAUUCGUUUCUUUACCAUUUGGUCCAAUCAUCAGUGGUCAGUUAUUCGAUAAAGCGUCACAUUUUUUUAACAAGACUUAGGCGCCAUCUGGCGAUAGAGUAAUUGAGAGAGAUUUGCGUUCUUAGCUCACGAGUUAUCCAGAAUAAUCGCGCGUGGCCUACGACUCAAGCGAUGUCUUUCUGGUCUUUGCCAGUAGUAAAAUGUAGCGUAGUUCCCUAUUGUAUUGAAUGUACGCAUUGAGGGUCGCAGAAAUCAAAUAGAAUCGGACGAAUGUUGCUAGAUAAAAGCGUUGACUCAAAAUAUUUAUUAUGCAAAACCCGCAGUCCGUGAACACGCAGCAUACUACUCAUGAAGUAAAGAUGGAUGCCAAAGCAAAUUGCAAUCAUUUAUCUCCGAGGCUUUGUGUGUGCUGAUUCAACGAAUUUCUUUGGCGCGAGCUUGCUAAACUGCAGUUUCCGCACUGAAUCGCGUGUCACGCACGCGCUGGUGCGUUGUGUUCUUAUUCUUAUGGCAUCCCUCUCUCUCUGAUGGAAUCUUCUACAUUCAAUUCAUUCAUUCAUUCAUUCUUUUUGAUAUUUAUUUAGAACAAUACUGUUGCGAUCCGUUCACGGAGAAUCUCUGCGAAUGCGGGUACGUUCCGAAAACAAUAUUCUUGUGGUCUCGCGUUCUCCUCGCGCGCGUCCUUUUGCUUUUAAUCACCUGGAGACUUUCGUUUGGUUUUGGUUUGAUUAUUUUACGUAGUACAGUCGAACCCCGGUAUUUCGUGCGAGUAAUAAGUUCCAUAGCCUCCCACGCCGACGUUCUUAGGGAUUCGUCACGCGUUUCUGCCCCACGAACGUCUGUUGACUUGAGCGGAAAAAGACGUAGACUAAUCACAGCAGAUAGGCUCAGGAUCUCUUAAUGUAAUAUAACCCUUGGUUCAAAACAAUAGACUUGGCGCCUCGCCCUUCAGAAAUAUGCGAAGAUCGCGACGUUAUUAAACGUUGCUAUCCCCCGAAAAUCGAGCCUGCGGCUUGUAAUGCCAGCCUUGCAUUCGUUUUUGUUUGAUUUUACACAUCAAGUGACGUCCGGCUACAGUAUCUCUUUAAUUAGAGAUCCGGCAAGAGGAACCAGUCAGUUUUAUUUACGCGUUGCGUGGACUUCUGCAUUUAUAGACUGCGUGCAGUCGGCCUUUUCUUUUGAAAUCUGUCUAGUUCUUACCUCAGCCAGUGCGAUUGCAAACCACGAUAUUAUGUUACAAUAAUGGGAUUGGGACGAGACCAGAAAAGACGGUCCCUUAUUUUUUUCAUCUCUGGCUUACGCCCUCGUUUAUCGCAGCUCGCGUGCAGUAACGUUUCAAAGAAAAAUGAGAGACUGCUCGCAGUCUUCUGCUUUCAAACAGUUUUUCGUGUAAGAUAGUAGGCCUCCUGCCAGGUAUUAAUCACCCAAACGGUCCUCUCCCCCCUUCCACUUUUCAAACAGCAGUGUGAGUAGUUCUUUCACGGUGCUAUAGAUAAGGAAGGAUGAAGGAGGCAAUGACGUAUGGCUUGACGUCACCGCCGAGUGA